AUGAAAACUUAUAGCUGUGGACCGGCGACUCUCUGUAGAUCUCCUAGCCUCCCUGCCAAACCUUUGGCAGCUGUCGCCGCCGUCCUGCCGCUUGCAGCAAGCCUUCUUUGUAGUACGAUCCCUGCUGCGGCAGUAAGUGAAUCUGCCGCAGCUGGGUCUGAAGGAGUAGCAGUAUCCCAUGAGUCAUCCGUAGUAGGCAUGCCUUCCUCUGGAACGGCGGCUGCAGCCGCGGCUGCAGGCGGCGACCUUGGCGCUUACAGCUCAGGAUCCCUCCCUGCAGCUCUUCCCAAGGUGAUGAGGGUUCGGCUUUUUGGUUCAAUGUUUUCAUACGCUUACUACUUUUUGGAUGUCAUGGUUGGUACUCCUCCGCAGCGAGAGAGCGUCAUUCUUGAUACUGGAAGCUCGCUUCUCGCCUUUCCGUGCAGUGGCUGCGAGUACUGCGGCACACAUUUGGACUCCCUGUUUAAUCCUGCUCUUUCUUCCACCGGGAUGUGGGUAGAUUGCAGAGACACUCUAAAGUGCUUCGGAACGUGCGGCGGCAGGCAGCGGCUGGGUGCCCCUGCCGGCAGCAACAGCUGCGGCUAUACACAAACGUACAGUGAGGGCAGCAGCAUUUCAGGCAUCUACUUCUCGGACAAGGUUUCUAUUGGAGCAGCGGACCAACACAAUCCCAGUAUUCGAUACGACUUCAUUGGCUGCCACGUGCGGGAAACCUCCCUGUUUGUUACGCAAAAGGCCUCUGGAAUAUUCGGAGUUUCGUUUCCCAAGGGUUUCAGACAGCCAACGCUCAUCGACGUCAUCUUUCAACAGGGCCUGGUCAGGGACAAACUGUUUUCUAUAUGCAUAUCUGAGGACGGCGGCUUGUUGACAGUCGGAGGCAUAGAGCCAGGUCUUGUUGACUACAACGUUACCUUGGGAUCUUCGCGUGUGUCACCGUCUUCCAGGAGUUCUGAGUCGCUUGUAGAGGGAGAUAAGGCUGUUGAGGACACUGGGAGGGCCCCCGAAGAGGCCCUGAAGGGGGCCCCCCCUUUGGGGACAAGCCCUGACCCAAUGCCACUGAUAGCUUGGACGUCGUUUACCUCGCGUGCGGCUUACCGAGUGCAGAUCGCGCAAAUGGAGGCGGACGGAGUGGUCCUUGGCAGGGGGGAAAGCUCUUUCGGCAAGACGCUCGUUGAUUCAGGCACGACGUAUUCCUACUUCCCGCCGGCUGUGUUUGCUGCAUGGAGACAAGUUUUGAACAAGUACUGCAGCCCUGCCCUCUUCUGCCAGCGGGAGAAGGAUGGUCGGCCUUGCUGGCGAGCUACCUCUGACUCAUUCCUUGCGUCACAGCUCCCCGUAAUCAAGCUUACAUUUCAAGAGGGGCAGUCCAUAUCCUGGGCCCCCCAGAGCUACUUGUACAGGCGCACCGGAGGGUUUUGGUGCGAUGGCCUUGACGACAACCACGCGCAGGAGAGUGUUUUAGGCCUGUCCUUUUUUAAGCACAAACAAAUAAUUUUUGACCGCGAAGAGCAUCGUUUAGGAGCCAUCAACGCAAGAUGCCCCAACUACUUCCUGGAGGAGAGGCCUCAACCCCCAGAUGGUGGUAGGCGACUAAACCUGCCUCGAGCACAGCUUAGAAACCCCAGUACAUAUGCGGCCCUAGAGCGCUGCGAGCCAGUACCGACGGACCGCAAAGCGACAUUUGGAAGAGUUAGCCGCACCGACUGCCUCUCGUUGGAGCCAUGCACCGGUUCCACAUGCCCGCAUCUGCGCUUGUUUGAGGCAAGGAACUUGGGGUUUGCAGCGCAGGGUUUCCAUACGGUAUGCCGGUGUUGCCGCAGGGACGGAAAAUGUGGAGAAGGUGCCGCUUGUUCCGGAAAGCUUUAG